UCUUCUUGAAAUUUUUUCUUAAAUGUAACCAGAACUGCCUAAAAAAUGCAGGAAAUCCUCGAGACAUGCGGAGAUUUCAGGUUGUGGUAUCUACAACAGUCAAUGUGGAUGGCCAUGUCUUGGCAGUGUCGGAUAACAUGUUUGUGCACAAUAACUCCAAACACGGGCGGAGGGCUCGAAGGCUUGAUCCUUCGGAAGGUACGCCUUCUUAUCUGGAACAUGCAGCUACACCAUGUAUCAAAGCCAUCAGUCCAAGUGAAGGAUGGACUACAGGAGGUGCCACUGUCAUCAUCAUAGGAGACAAUUUCUUUGAUGGGUUACAGGUCAUAUUCGGCACCAUGCUGGUCUGGAGUGAGCUUAUUACGCCUCAUGCUAUCAGAGUUCAGACCCCACCCCGACAUAUUCCUGGUGUGGUAGAAGUUACAUUGUCCUACAAAUCCAAGCAGUUCUGCAAAGGUACACCUGGAAGAUUUAUCUACACAGCUUUGAAUGAACCAACCAUUGACUAUGGCUUCCAAAGGUUACAGAAAGUCAUCCCAAGGCAUCCUGGUGACCCUGAGCGUUUGCCAAAGGAAGUAAUACUUAAGAGGGCAGCUGAUCUGGUGGAAGCACUCUAUGGCAUGCCACAUAACAAUCAGGAAAUAAUCCUGAAAAGAGCAGCUGAUAUUGCAGAAGCACUCUACAGUGUCCCUCGCAAUCAUAACCAACUCCCUGCACUUGCUAAUACAUCAGUCCAUGCAGGCAUGAUGGGUGUGAAUUCAUUUAGUGGUCAGUUAGCAGUAAAUGUCUCCGAAGCCUCACAGGCCACCAAUCAGGGUUUUACUCGUAACUCAAGCAGUGUGUCUCCUCAUGGUUAUGUGCCAAGCACUACCCCUCAGCAGACAAAUUACAACUCCGUCACGACAAGCAUGAAUGGCUAUGGAAAUGCUGGAAUGUCCAAUUUAGGUGGUUCUCCAACCUUCCUGAAUGGAUCUGCUGCCAACUCUCCCUACGCCAUCGUGCCAUCCAGUCCAACAAUGGCCUCCUCUACUAGUCUCCCUUCUAACUGUUCCAGCUCCUCUGGGAUCUUCUCCUUCUCACCAGCCAAUAUGGUCUCAGCAGUGAAACAGAAGAGCGCUUUUGCCCCUGUUGUCAGACCACAGACCUCCCCUCCUCCCACCUGUACCAGCACCAAUGGGAAUAGCCUGCAAGCUAUAUCUGGCAUGAUAGUUCCCCCCAUGUGAAAGAAUUGCCUUGAAGAAUUAACUAACGAAGGAUUUGGAAUCUGCUCCAGAACAAAGUCUGACCCAAGUCCCAGAGAGGAACUUUUAACUCAGGCCUUUUUUCAAGGAAAAAGGAAGGAUCUCACAAUAACUGCAAAGUUUUAAAACACAAGAAAAUUUUAAAAAAUUGCCACCCUUGCAAAAUAACCCUGAAACCUACUCAGAGCCUGCAAGGGCAAGGUGUUAAUUUGAGCUGUCCGUCCCAAGUUCUUGGGAGAGAGAUUUCUUUUGUGUCGUGAAGAAAAUUCACUGCAGUCUUUUCAGUUUUUAGUGGUCACCUUUUGUCUUUUACAAGUCAGAAUGGGAGGGAGAGGCACGAACAUGAAAAGCCAACUUGAGAACUCUUCUUUGUUGUAGUUUUUUAAGGCUGUCUUAAAGGGAAAUAAAGUGGCAACACAUAAAAUGAGUUUCUAUGGAACAGAAGUAGAAGUGCCAGUUAGGGGUUAUUGAUGUUUUUCUUUCCUUCGGAAAUUAAUGGCUGUGCCAGUAGGGGUUGUUUUAUAUGUUUUACUUAUCCAACAAUAGCACAUACAUCUGGGAUUUGCAGUCUGGGGAAGUGUCUAUGGAUGUCCAUGUGCGUGUGUGAACAUACACACAAAGAUACAUCACACGCACACACACAAAAUUAGGAUUCCAUUUUAGAAGCUGUGGGGGUUUUUUCCCCCUCCUUAAUUCCUCCACGCCUCCUUCUGACAACAUUGUACUUAGAAGAUUGUGUAAAUACUGCAAGGCAGGGAAAAAAGCAUAUGUGUAGCUAAUGGACAUGCAUAUUCCAUCUUUACUUUGGAAACCCAGUGCCUCUGGAUAUAAUGCUAAAAACUGCAAAUUUGAUUAGCAUGGCUCUCUGUCUUUUGCUUUUAACCAAGAACUUAAACCCAAAUACAGUUUAAACUGUCUUUCUCUAGAAAUCUCAUUGGAAUUUGAUAGGAGAGGAUAAAGGCACAAAAGGAGCCAUUCAGUACAUUUGGGGAGCAUAUUUUUACCAGAAGCAUCUUUCCGGAUACCUGUAUCUUUCAUCUGGGGAUGGAGGGGCAUGAGACACAAGAUUCAUCUUUACCAUUCCAGAGGAUGGUUCAGAAGCACACGCAAGGGAAAAAGGACAUACCUGGCUUGAUCUGCCAUUGUUUUUAUAUCAGUCAACCCUUUCAGUUUGCAACGUAAGCUCUUAAGCAACAGGUGGUUGCAUUUUUGAGGAUGUAUGCCUGAAAAAUGGGUUAAGAACACAGUAAGUUAAAUGACAGUUGCAAAAUAAACCACCCAAUUUACAGGAAUUUAGCUCUCAUUACUUGGAAAGUGUUCUUAGUCAAAGAUGCAACAAACCUUUAAAGAUGCAUUUAUUAAAUAAUCUGUUUGGGUUUUAUUUUUCCUUUGCUGUGGCAUUUUGUAUGUAGUUAUAAAUAAAUACUGUAGAUUUUUUUUUUGGCCAAAUUAUUGUUCUAUUUAUACAAUUUAAUGUCUUAAGACAGAUUUUCAACCACACACAAACAUACAAGAAUUACUGCAUAUUUUGCAAAAUGAGCUCACUACCUUUAUGAUUGCACAUGCUUGCAAAAUGAAUUAAAGAAAAAAAGCUUUUUUAAUGAAGAAUUUUGUAAAAUAUCCAUAUAAAUAAUGUAUUUAACUUUGAAAUUUGUACAUUGCUUUUUCUCUGCAGCAUCCCAUUUUAUUUUAUUGUGUAAUUUUGCUAUGUGAAAAGUGCUAAUUUGUUUGUUCAUUCACAGGUGUGUUAGCUGUUAAAAUGUGAUUUAAUGCAAUUCAUUUAUACUUUAUUUUUAGUCAUUGUCUUAAACCAGGCUUCCAUUUCUGUUUUAAGUUCACCAAAGCCAUUGUCUAUUUUUGUAUUAUUUCUAAGUUAAGAAGUUUUUUUUUUCCCAAUAUAUUGCAAAAAAGUAGCAUAUUAUUCUUAUAGCAUUUAGUUACGUAGAUUUAAAAAAAAAGUAUCCUUUGCCUUUGAGGCUUAUUAAAAGAAAUCUAAAGCUGUUUUACUCUAUUAAUAUGCAUGGAAUCUCUCCCCUUUGGAGUGAGGCAUUUUUUGUGCAUUAAAUAUGGGGAGAAACUUCAUAGAAAUGAAUGAAAAUACUUUCUUUCUUGUCUGCUUGUAUAUUUCUCUGUCUUUCACAUAAAUAUAAACCAGCAAAUUGGAUGCCUUAACAAUGCAAAGCAUAUUCAUUUCACUUGUACAUUGUACUGCGCAUCGAAACUGUCAAUCAUCACUAACAUUCUAAGGGAAAAAAAGGAUUUUGAAAAGCACAAAAGAACUGUUUUGUUACCUUAAGACAAUGUGACUUUUUUCUAGACAAGCAACAAUGCUGCAACUGUGCAUGCUUCCUGUAUGAAUCUUGCAAGGGAUUUCACUCAGAUUUCACUGUGUGAUCUGUUGGGAAGGGGAAGAGGGUGGGGGUGGGAGAGAGAGAAAGGCAAAAAUCCAUAAUGUAUUCUUUCCCCACGGAACAACAAGAACAUAGUCACACAUAAAGAAACUGGAAAAUAUAAGGAAUGAUCAGUGUAUUGUUUCAUUAUAGUCCAAACAUUUAUUCUAAUUCUUAUAGUAACAAUGGCACACAAAUGUAAUCAAAUUAAAGCCAUAUUUUGUCCAGUUAUGCCCUCCGUGGAAUCCCAAUCAGUUUAUUAUUUAGACAGCUACAGGAACUCAUGAAUGUGUAUAGCCUGUUCCCUUGACCUCCAAAGAUCAUGUGAGAGUACACAGACUUUCUUUCUUUCUCCAAGUAUUUAUAGUGCGUGAUAAAGAAAAGUUAUAUUUUAAAUUAUCUGCCUGCCCCAAAUAGGAUCCUAUGAGUUCCAAGUCCAGUCUUAAAGAUGCCACUCUUUACAGAAUAUGGCUUUAAGUGGGAAUUAUCAUGUUUCAGACAUACCAUGUGACGUCUCACAUUGGCUGGGCUGUGAGAAUGAUGUCUGCUUCCUCUCCAUCAUACCCAACUGCAUCUAAAAUGAAGUCAUCUCUGAACUGAUUCUCCUUUCACUUCUUACUGAACCUUUUGGAAUAGACACAAACACUGUACAGUUCUAUUGUUAGAGAAAAAAAAACCUAACUACUGUAGAGAUUGUUAUAAUUAUUUUGCAGAAAUUCAAGCUGUAAAAACUUUUCAACUUUCACAAUAUUUAAUUAAAGUUACUUCCUG